AUGGAUCUUGGAAUAGGAGCAGUGUCUCUGACAUUCCAGGUCUUCUCAGGAUGCAUCAAAGGCUAUCAACUCCUGACCGAAGCUCGAGAUAUGGAGGCCGAGCACAAGUACAUGCGGAUCCAGCUGAAGAAAGAACAGCACCGGCUCCUCGAUUGGGGCCAUGUGGCUGGGGUGGGCGUGCGCGACGACGAGCUCGUCAUCAGCAGCUCGGACAAGGGCCUGCUGCACGACGUGCUCGAGCAGCAGCAGAGCCUCCUGCUGGAAUUCGGCCGCUACGAGGCGCGCUACAAGAAGGGCCCGCUCGAGCGGCUGAAGAAGCCGCUGAUCGUCGUCGAAGAAGUCGACGUCGACGACCAAGUGGCGGCGGCGGUGGCGGUAGAGGCCUCGCCGUCAGCCCACCCGUUCCUGUUGCGAGCCGCCGACACGGACUUCGAGACGCGCUUCCCGGAAGGCGAGGAGCUGCUGAAGAAGGCGCUGAACUGGGCCAAGGGCGCGCGCGCCUUUCCGAAACGCCUGCGCUGGGCGGCCUUCGACAAGGAGAAGAUGGAGACGCUGCUGCUCCGCCUGUCGUCGCUCAACGACUUCCUCAGAGAGCUGCUCACCACGCAGCAGCUGACCCACCUGAACAUGCGGCACGAGCGGACCUCCUACCAGAUCAUCCAGUUGAACAACAAGAUGGAUCAGCUGGUCGAGAUUUUCAAGGCCGGCUGUGAAUGGUCGGACCUGACCCGCGGGAAAUCUAACGCACAUGCAUCUUCUUCAGCUCACAGUGUAGGCCGGAUGAACUUGGCAUUGCGGGCGAAGGAAGUGCUGCAAGACCUGCCUCUGGUGCCCCUGUCUCGAGUGGAAUCGAUGGAGUACACAAGGGAAGAAGCGCAAGAGGGGGGUUGGCGUAACCGGAGCCUCACGCAGUUGGCUCAGUUCAAAGCUCUUGAGACGGCUAUCAGCGGGUACUCUCUCACGGACGACCGGGCAUUCGCACUUCAGCUAGGACCUGCGAGCGGAGUCACCGAUGUCGAGCUAAGCCCCGAGGAAAUCUACCUGCUAUCGGACGAGGACAACGACGAGAAUCGACGGGCUGAGGCGAGCUUCAGGGGCAAGCAUGUAUGGAUCGAAUGGAAGACGUACGAACCGCGUGUCUUCGACGGCGAACCGGACGACAAGGUCGUGGAGCGGAUUAUUGCCCUCGUCGUCUUGCUCAAGGCAAACAGCAAAUCGUGCCAGUUCCACGCCCCCAAAUGCCUCGGAUACUUCCGUGAUAUUGACACAGAUACUUUGGAAGAUCGAUGCCGUUUCGGUGUUGUGUUCGAGAAGCCCUCGUCGGUGCCGCCAUCUACCAAGCCCAUCAGCCUGCUGGACUUGCUACGUGCGACGGAGCGAGGUACGGUGGAGAUGCCGAGUCUGACCGAGCGAGCAAAGCUGGCCAAAGUGGUCGCGAAAGCUUUGGAGGAACUGCACGCCGUCAAUUGGCUUCAUAAAGGGCUGCGAAGCGAGAACAUCCUGUUUUUCGACAAUUUGCUUGACCCGGACGAUCUUGUGUUGGACGGUGGUGCCGAACAGCAAGAGCCGCUGCCGUGUGAAGGAAGCCUCUCGACGCCGUACUUGUCAGGAUUCGAUUAUGCACGCCCGGCCCAGAACGAAGACUUGACGGAACAGCCGCCGGAGAACGCGGCGUACGAUCUUUACCGCCAUCCACUCGUCCAAGGUAGCCGGGUUGAGGGAGACAAUGCCGCCAGCUUCCAGAAGACGUUCGAUAUCUAUGCUCUGGGCAUCAUCCUCCUCGAGAUCGUGUACUGGCAACCGAUCGACCGGAUACUUGAUGUCCAUAUACCCAAAGCUCGUCCAUCUACGACACUGAGGGUACGCAAUCGGCUUCUCAGCGAGCGCAAGCAUUUGGCCUAUGUAAGGUCAAAUGCGGGCGUUGUGCUAGAGCAGGCGAUUCGAGCGUGCCUGAUGGGUGAAGCAGCGCUAGUCGACAGGUUUGAAGGCCGUGAAUUCGACGAGAAGGACCCAGCUCAGGCAGUCCAGCUACAGGCGGGGUUUUAUAAUCACGUCGUGGAGAAGCUGGCUGAGGUGAAGAUCUAA